AUGUCUAGACUACGUCGACUCAACAGAAAGCUUGGUUACCCCGGAGAUGAUGGAAAUGGUGAUGAUGUUGAAUAUUUCAGCUACGCCACGUUGAAAGAACAGGUCGAAAUAAUCAAUGAAUUCAAGAAUUCGACUCAGGAUAACCACUUUCUAGGUUCCAAAUUCGUUAGAGUUUCCUUGAUGGGCUUUCAAAGCUUGAUCAUAUUGGUAUGUACGUUUUUGAUUACAUUACCAGCCUAUCGUCAUAAUGGCAACUCAUUGUACAGUUUCAUUGCUGUUACUUCAUCAUUCCUGUCAUUUGUUUUGUUGCAAUCAUACGGAAUCAAACUGUUGAAUGGGGAUCAAAGCCGAAGGCUACUGGAUACGUUAGCUGCGAGUUAUGAUAUUAGCAAGUUCAGUUUAGCAACUUUCAACCUAGUGUAUUCUUUAGUGUUGGUAGCAUUCAAAUGGAAGCAUUUGAACGGAACAGACAUAAUCUACAUCUAUCCUUUAUUAAUGAGCAUCAUUGUGGAGACUAUAGUAUAUGACCAAAGAACUAUCCAAGACCAAAUUGAUGAACUGGAGAAUUUGAAGACUGAUUAA